UAGGUGGCAGGUUUUUUCUACCACCAAAGGCGCCGGCUUCAGUCCGCCGUCAACUUCGCUGCGUUCCGGUUACCACAAUGAUUCGUUUGAAAAAUAUGUGCCUAGCCAGUGCGUUCGAUAUAUAAACAAAUACAACGGAAAUACAAGACCGCAUUAAGUGCGCUGAACUCGCAGUGAUAAUAACACAAACAAUCAACUUUUCCGUUCGCUAAGUUAAAUAUCAAAGCUGUCCACCCUUUUUUUGGAGUCUCAGUGGAGCUGCAUUGCCAUCUCGCUCGCACACGGCUUGGCAAUCGAUAAGCCUAACAGCGGGGUUGUCCACUUGCUGACAGCUGUUAACUCUAGCUGUUAGCUUUCGGCGACGAGUGCUUGAAGAAAGCUAAUUUGCUUAACUACACGCUGGAUAUUUCAUACUACACGCAGUGGAUGGUUCAAUUGUGCAUUUGAAGUGAUUAAUUGAUUGAAGUGAGAUUGGAACGCUGGCUGAAACCCGUUAAUCUCCAAUGAGGCGACACAUUCGGGAGAAGGAAAAUUCAUAAAUGAAAGCUUCUAAUUGCCGGAGAAUGACAAACGCGACAAGAAAUCAACGCGAGCGAACAAAAGCGAAGCCAACUUUUUAGGCAGCCCAAAAAAGCAGAAGCGAAAGCCACGAAAAUUGAGCCACCGAGGCUUCGGCGAUGCUGUUGAUGCCCACAUCCUGUGGGCCGGGUCCACCCACUGACCUCGGCCCCACGUCCUUGCCCACGCUCUCCCCCUCCUGCCCCACCCGCUCCCGCAUCCCCAGGCGAGCGGCAGAUGAUGGUGAACCGGCGGUCAGGGACCGGCCGUCAGGGACCCUAACCCAGAGGCAAAGUUCGGGCUCGGGCAUUCCCCAGUGGCUGCUAAUCCUCGUCGGACUCCUCGCCAUUCUCGCCCAGACGCCAGGCAGCCAGGUGGCCGCCGAGAAGAGUAAACACUAUUACAUGCAGUCGCUGUGCAAGAACCACUUCCUCCAGCAGCUGUACCGCAAGAUCGAUGGAGCAGUGCUCUGGUCCCAGAACGAGCGGAAUCUGGACUGCAUCAUCACCUUCCAGACGCACUCGGUGCUGCAGCGCUUCAUGCUCCGCUUCGACAUGCUGCAGUUGGACUGCAACGAUCACCUGCUGGUUUACGACGGAGCCCAUGCCGUCGCCACGCCCAAGAUUGACAUCUCCUGUCGGAACACAAAGAACACCGUCAACGCGCUCCUGACGCGCACGAACUUUGUGACACUGAAGUACGUGACCGACGGCUGGGGAACGGAUGCGAAUGGCUUCAAGCUCGUGAUUACGUCGGUGAAGGAUCCCAAGCACACCUGCAAGGACUUCACCUGCGCCACCCGCGAGUUCUGCAUCCAUCCCGAUCUCCUCUGCGAUGGCAUCAACCACUGCGGCGACAACUCCGACGAAUCCGUGCACAAUCUGUGCCAGAGUGAGACGAGCAGCACGGUUUUCGGCCUGGACAUGACCUGGUUCGUCCUCAUUGUCGUGGGUGUCCUGCUCGUCCUGAGUGCGCUCAUCGUGGCCGUGGCCAUUUGUGUGUGCCGGCGCCAGGACGAGAAUGCCGCCAACCAGAACACCGCGCUCCAAGUGCACCACACGGCCGACACGAACGGGUCGUCGAAACAUCUGCACUACCACGGCAUCAGUGUCGGCGGGACACUGACGCGGGAGCACACCCAACUGCCGACGUCGGGAAACUGGCAUCACCCUGCGGGACCAUCCGGGUACCACCGCACUCCACACAACUACUUGAAGAUGGCCACCAAAGUCCGUCCCAUUUGGUGCUUGGCAAAUUCCGUCAAUUAGGUCAAGAUCUUUCCCACAACUCCGCCGGGCUCAGCCAGACGAACAUCGCCGGAACCGGACAUCCCAAUGCCAACGCCGUCGGCGCUGCGCAGAAGGACGAGUGGUUCGUCUAGGACCAGGCAACACUGUGGAAGGACCGAUUGACUUGAGCACAAUAAUCUGUACUUUAUUAAGUAAAUUUAUGGAUAUUUGCAGAGCAUUAAAUGAAGACUGUAAGACUAUAAUUAACAACAAUUAGUGUGGACAUCACCGCGCAGGGUGUAUUAUAUAGAGAUCUCUACUCGUACCCAAGCAGAAUCUCGAACGCAUUGGGCAGAACCUGCCUGUUCUGUCGGAUAACCAAUGCACUUGUAAAUAGAUUAUAAAUAUAUCAUUUUGAUUUAGCUGAUUAAUACUACAAGCUGGCUACACAAGAUCCCACAACCCCAUAUCCUCGAAAACGAGAUGUAAUACAGCAGAUUCCAAACAUCAUAAUUUUGUGCAAGUAUGUUGGCAUUUAUUUAGAGAAUUACAUAUGUUUAGAUGGCAAUUAGAUUUGAAUUACUGCUCUUCGAUUAAACACUUAGUUUGCAUAGCGGGUUGAGUUCAAUAUGCACGGAUUAAGAUCCCCAAAGUAAUGUACGAGUAUAACGAAUCAGAUGUAGUCGCAGAUUCAGAAAGGUAAACUAACAUUUGAGCGAAACAAUCGUAAGCAUUUAAUUGAAUUGUGAACAGAAACCGCAAGAAGUAUUAAAGCUCAACAGGAAUAACCGAUAACUGUCAUUAAUAUACAACUUCCGAAUCUUACAAAUUUGAGAUACAUAACUGGCUGAGCUGCUGGCCAGGGCGUUUUUACAAAACUUAAGCUGAAUUCUAAUCGCAAAAUGGACACAAGAAGAUCAACAAAAACAAGGGAUGUACAUAAGUAGUCGACAAUAUACUUACCAAAAAUAAAACAAACAAAAUCGAAACUUCAAACGCGACUGUCAUCUAUACAAUUUCACCUACCACUUGCCAUUGUCCACUUGGAAGUCUGCACUUGCCCGAUGAUCCGCAUCGGAUCAUCUGGGGAUCAUGUCGAAUCUCCGAUAGAAGCAAACAUUUCACCGAGAGGAGAGACUCAUUCCUCAUCAAAGAACCGACAACCGACAACCGAAAACCGAAAACCAAUGCUAACGGAAAUAUUCUGAGACAUUAAGGACAAUACAGUGAAAUCUUUUGCUUUUGAUACAACCAAAUUGAGAGGGUGUCGUGGCAUGCAUUUUAACCUACAAAAGUGUCCGAAAUACAAUUUUCUACAAUCAACCAAAUGGAAUUCUACACAAAAUUAAACAACGUUAGCAACGUAAAAAUACAUAAACAGAGUUGAAACAUUUUGCUACAAAAUCGAAUGAUAACGAUCAUAUUAUAUAUUGACGACGAGUAUAUGAGGAAACAUGAUAUGUAACUUGAGAAAAACCAAACUAAAAUGCUUCAAAACGAUUGUAGUACUUCCCGCCGUUAAUAUUUUUUUAAUAUAUCGUACAUACUACAAAUACAGAUGCAAGUCUUAAUAAUAAUACUUAAACUAAGAAGCAAUAAGUAAGAAUUUUCCGCUGCUAAAGUUCGUCUUUCAAAAUACUUCCAUAGGUCCG